AUGGCGUCCGAACCUCAACAACCUUCAGCCGGUCCGCCACGCAAGGUUGAUGUCUUUACGGGCGAUGUCAUCCACCAUGACACCUACCCCGAGAUCAACCCUGUCACGGCGUCAAACUGCACCGGGAAAGCAGUCCUCAUCACCGGAGCAAGCAAGGGGCUCGGAAAGGCACUGGCGCUCGGCUACGCCGAAGCAGGUGCAUCACUCAUCGCCGUCGCCGCUCGCUCAGACGUCUCCUCCACCGUCACCGCCGUCAUUGAGGCCGCAAAGUCCGCCGGGCGCGAUGAGCCGACCGUCUUGGCUCUCGAGAUGGACGUGAGCAGCACGCCGAGCGUCAAGGCGGCCGCGGAGCGCCUAGCAGCUGAGUGGGGGCGACUGGAUAUUCUGAUCAACAACGCUGGCUACAUGGCUCCUUUCAACUUGCUGCUGGAUGCGGACGAUGAUGAGUAUAUGAAGACGUGGGAUGUGAACUACUGGGGCACGUAUCGUGUCACGAAAGCAUUCCUGCCAUUGAUGCUCAAGGGCGGUGACAAGACGAUUGUCAAUAUGUCGUCGGUGGCGGCACACUUCAUGGGUGCUGGUGGGGGAGCCUAUCACGUUUCCAAGUUUGCGUUGAUACGCUUCACUGAAUUCGUUCAGGAUGAGUACGGCGAUCAGGGCGUCCUGGCGUUCUCAAUUCAUCCAGGUGGGAUACCGACGGAGCUGUCCUCCAAUCUGCCAGAGAAGCUGCAGUUUCGAAUGCAAGAUACCCCGGAGCUCGCUGGUCAUUCUAUCCCCUAUCUCACUAGUGUCAAGAGGGACUGGCUGGGAGGGAGAUGGAUCAGCUGCAUGUGGGAUAUGCCGAAGCUGGUGGAAAUGCAGAAAGUAAUUGCCGAAAAGAACCUUUUGAAGUUUGAAUGCAGCGGCUUGUAG